GAGUCGCAACCAGUGGAAACGCAUCAACAAUGGCUGACAAGAGGCAGUUUUCCUGACUCGAAAGCUCUCACCACGACGAGAGAACCACCCGGCCGCGCGAUCGUUGCACGUUAUGCCAGCUGGAGUUAAGGUCAAGACAGAGACAAGAUAGAAAGCGGGAGAUGGGAUGAGCUCAGUGCCGCGCGAGGUGAAGAGAAUUAAAGUAGAGGAUCCAACGUCCAGCAGACUCUCCUCCCCAGCAGUGGGAGGGGAACCUGGAAAGUGUGAUUUCUGGAACUCUCCUUCAUUAACAGUCCUCGAAGGAUUCCCCGACGUGUCCUGGAGAGAAGGGAAGAGGACUAUGAGGAACCGGUUUGGUGCUGGAGGAGAUGAGCCAGCCAAAGACUACUAGGUGACUGCCGAGAGGUUAGUGGGUGUUGCCUGAUGGAAACCUUAGCAGCCUCUUCUUUAGACCAAACCCACCAGGGUGAUGAUUUGGAGGUGGAGCCAAUGGGAGAGGACCCAGUAGUGGACACAGUGAAUGAGAAUGCCGUUGAAGAUCAUUGCCAACCAACCAGGAGCCUUGGCCAUCCGGUGGUCAACCUUACCCAGAUUGUGGAUGUGCAGCCAAGCAUAGAUGAUGGGGUCACUGUUGUACCCCCCGAACCACCAGACUUGUCACCAGGUCCAGCACAUAAGGUUAAUGGAGCAGUCAUCAGACGUUUGUCUUACCCAGUUUCAACAGGCAAACAUGCACUGCGGCAGCAGGCUCGGCGUCGAAGACGAAAUACCUCAAUUGCUGCUGGCAAUUCCCCCCCAAUUACUCGUGUUACUAUGAAGAGUGUAGCUGCAACCUCACCCAAUCCAGCAUCACAGUCUCUUCAUCCAGCAGUUAGCCCUCCUGCCUCAUUGUCUCCUCCACUGUCUAAACCACUGGAAAAAACAAAUGUGUUCACUGCAGUCACCACCCCUUCCCCUCCCACCUCAAGGUCAGGGAAUAAAGCCACCCACUCGCCCGGCCAGGGGACGGCAGGGUCCAGAUCUGCAGCCAAAGGGAGUGCCACGAGCAGUCAUCCUGUGGCUGGCACGAGGGUCAGCUCCCGGAUAGCCAACAAUGCAGCAGCAAACAGUGGCCUCCACAGUGCCAGCUCCUCUAUGCAACCAAGCAUGCCUCAAACUGGUGCUAAUGCUAAUGCUUUAUCCUCAGGCACACAGGCUUCCAGAGUGGUACGUGUCCCAGCCUCGCAGUCGUCACCGUCAGCGCGAGAUGCAUCCUCUCCCUCCAUGACUACUAUGCAGACAUACCUGGCAGCCAUCCCAGGUUUCAAACCCAGGAAAAGGUCUCAACGUAAAUUAUCUGCAGCAGCACAGUUGGCACAGACAAAGGAAGGAAAUGUGGACUUGGAAACACCAGACUCCAUCCUUACAAGUGUCAACCUUAGAGCCCUCCUCAAUAAACACACCUUCGGUAGCCUUCCUCCAGCUUACCAGCACAGACUGAUCAAGCUUUUGCCAAUGGUUGAUCAGUCAGUUGGGGCUGAUGACACUCUCAAAGUUAUUCCAACGGGCCUCAAUAAUGAAUUCUUUGGCCGUGCUUGUGAGUCAUGGAGAUGUCGUCUGGGUGAAGGAGAGUUCACACAUGACAACCAGGUCAAGUUAAAAGUGGAGGCAGAGAGAGAACGUACAAAGUUAGACCCAUGGAAGGUUGCCCACUUUGAACCACUUUGGGGAGUGAAGCAGGGUUGGUGCAGCACUGAGGGGGAAACCAGCUCUAGCAACCCUCCCUCCCCCUCUGGUGGGAGUGUGUCUAUGUCACCCCCACAAGAGUCACACACAACACCAGCGUUUACUUCAAACUUUUCCGAUGUACACAUCAGCCAGCUAACUAAGGUGCUUGAGCACAUAGCAACCCGUAAUGAGAGAAGAACUCAAAGGAGAGCUCAGAGAAGAGCGGAGAGGAAAAAGCAAAGAGAGAGGGAGUUAGCUGAGGAACUCUCAAGAUGUUCUGCAAGUCAGUCUAGCUCCAUUAAUCCAUCUGCCAAUUCUUUAUUGGGGCUCCCCAGUGCUUCGCCUGCAACCCAAACGCCAAGCUCGGCAGCUGCGACUCCAGUGACCUUGCCCCAUGUCCCAAGUUCUUCACCCCUUCCCCCAAACUCAUUAUCUUUGUUCACUAGUUCUUCAUUACCAUUGCAUGCCAGUAAGAACAAUCUUACUGAAGUGACUAGCGGUUCAGUGUUCUCAGUAGAGGAAAAGUUGCCUCUGCAAUCUCAUGUGGUGAAUGUAGAGUCUGGUGUCUUGUCAAAGGAUAUCUUAAAGAGGAAAGAUGGACUAGCACUCACCACAACCACGCCCUCAAAGAAAAUCCGUGUGUCGAAUGCAGAUGUGACAAACAGUUUUGUUGCAAAACCAGGACCAACUAGUGCACCUGCCCAGAUACUAACCACACCUGUCAGUUGUCAGAAUGAAGCACCCAGAACAACUCGGGUUCCAACAACAUCAGUGACUGUAACUCCUAAGAUUGUCUCUAGUAGUGUCAGCAUAAACAAUCUUCCUGCUGUUGCAACAGGAGCUCCUGGGGUUCCCAUAAAGCCAACAGCAGUGAUGGUUGUAAGUGCUCCCUCAUCAGUAGGGAGCACAGUGGUGGUCACAAAUCCAAGGAUGUCUCCUGCAGCAAGAAUAUCCCCAGUAACAAGAGUCUCACCUGGGCCAUCACCUUCGCCUUCAAGACUUUCCCCAGUUGUACAAGUUGUCUCGCCCUCUCUUUCUUUGGCCCCAUCACAGAGUCCACCAGCUAGCAGAACAGUUGUGGUAGCUGGUCAGGCUCGGCCAGUGGAGGUUUCAUCCAGCGCCACACCAGUCUCCCAUGUGGCAAAUACUGUAGUUCAGGCUCUGCCUACAUCAUCAGUAGCCAGUCUUACUUCUAGAGUGAAACCUGUCAGAACACCUCAGGGUUUGUCAGGUGCAGGAACCAUAGCCUUGAAGGUAACCAGAAGCAGGCCUCCAGGAGGGGUUAACAUCCAGAGAUCAUAUGAAAUCGUCCAGGCUGUCAUUGCCAACAGCCCUAACAGGGACCAGUUACAAGCUCAGCUCAAAACUCCAGCAGCUUUACUUGCAGAUGUCAAACCUAGCACCAGUGGGCAGACAGUGGUGGCUCCGGCAGUCAGCAGUGGCAAUACUGUUGUGACCAAUCCUGUGAACAGUCAGGUGGUGGUGCAAUCUGCCCCACAGAACCAAGUGCAAACUAUUACUGUGGUCAAGGCUGUUGCCACCACCAGCAGUAACAGCACCAGUAGCACAUCACCUGUACAAGGGGCCCAACUCAUUACCAGUGGCCCACGAAUGGUCCGUCAGGUGGCUCUCAGUGUCAGUGGUGCAGCUGGGACCACUGUGAUGCCACCCAUAGCUGGCACACCGGGGACCAUGGUGCUACGACAAAUGGUCACACCCCAGUCUCUCUCAACCCCAUCCCAGCAUGAGGUUUGUGAGGGCAGCAUGGCCCCUCCAACAGCCACCUCCAGGCCAAUCACCAUCCUGCGACCCACAACAGGAGGAAAGCAGAUAGUCGUACAGACUGUACCUGUCUCCAGUUUGCAAGUUUUAAGACUAAAGAACAUAUCCAAUGUGAAUGGAGAAGGCAUAACUAGCAGUGAUUCACAGCAACCUCCACGAGCAGCCAGUGCCCCACCCAAUAAGAGUGGUGUCAUGGUAGCUCUGGCCCCAAGACCUUCCAGUGUGGGCCCACGCAUUGUUGUGCAAACAAGCAGUGCCCAGGGCUCCCCAGCCACUAUACUUACUUCAGCUGGACAGCAUUUUUUAUCCGAAGGUGACCCCAGUCCAGGUGUAAGUAGCUGUGACAGUGACCAGCUUGUCACAACACGGGCUGGGGCCUCUCAGUCCUCUGACACAUCAUCAGAGAGCAUCCAGGAGAACCAAGUGGAAAUCCUAGCACCUGCAACUAGUGCGGCUCCAAUGCAGUUGAAUGCAAACUGCACUGCCCCUGGUACGGGUCCAGUCCCUGGCUCAGGAAACAUACCAGCUGUCACAACAGUCUCCAGUGUUGUCAAUUCAUUUCAGAAUCUCAAUAACAACCCCAGUAUGCCCCCACAGUCAGUGCAACACCAGCAUCCACAACAUCCAAUUGUGUCACAGCAUCCAAGCAUGCCUGUGAGACCAAACAUGCGUAUGAUGAUGAACAACAUGCCACACAUGAAUAACAUGCAGACCCUGAACAAUAUGCAGCCAAUGAAUAAUGUUGCCCAGAUGAAUGCAAUGCCUGGCAUGAAUGGCAUGGCCUCCAUGAACAUGCAGGGCAACCCAACAAACCAAGGUAUGCAUGCAAUGCCACCACAGAUUAAAGGGGACAACAAUGAGGAUGGUUGUCCAUGCAACAUGAAAGCCAUGAUUAUGUGCAUGAAGUGUGGUGCUUUCUGUCACCAUGAUUGCAUUGGCCCUGCUAGAUUGUGUGUAGCCUGCCUUAUUCGUUAGAAAAACAGUGUAAUAUUUACACUUCAUUUCCAGAUUGGUCAACACAGUUACACCUCAUUUUCGUAAAUGAAGGGAAUUUUUUUUCCUCAUUUGUUUUCAGGGAUGAUUCCAUGAUGAAAGGGAUGCAUAUUAGACAUUGAACUAAUUUAGUGCCUAGGAUUACAAUUUGGCAUGUAAUAAGACUUGCUAUGCAGGCAUAUGUAAGACAAACAGUAUGUUAGAGAAAACAAAAUGCACACAUAAUUUGACCUAGAAAUCUCUGCCAAAAGGUGGAAAAGAACCAGUGACUUUGGUGGCAGUGAUGAAACCUCAAAGAUAAUUGUGAAAUGGAUAUCUCAGGAACUGAUGAGCCGGUCACUCAUGCCUUUGUUUGUCGUUUUUGGGGAGAAUACAACUGAAGGAAGAAAAGUAAAUGCAUCAUAACUACUCUGAUAACUGUUUUCCAAGACUCUGAUUGAAUAGGGGCAGUGGGUCCUCUGUGAGAACUCACCACCUCUAAGGAAAAGGAAAAAUGGUCCUCUUGGAUUAGCAUUUAAACACACAAGACAACAGACAGUCGAUGCAUUUGGAAAAGUAUGUAUUGUGAUAACAGUACAAUGGUGAUGGUGCACUUUUUAAGAGGACUUCUUAACAGAUGUACCAAUGUGUUUAGAAUUGCCCAUCAUUUUUUAGUACUCGGUUUAUUGUAAAGGUUUACCAACACUGAAAACACAAAGUAUGUUAAUGCUGCUCCCUUUUAGUGAGAUGAUUUCUUUUAUUGUUACAUAACAUAGCAAGAGGAUAAAAGUACAGUUGGUAUCCUCUGAACUCUUGAUAGACACAUCUGUUAAGCACAGUCUUUAUGCUUAAUGAAUAUUUGUUCAGUUAAAAAAAAAAGAAUAAAAAAAGUGAUUCUCAGUGCGGGUUGGCCAGGCAUUGUAUAACACAGGUAAUGAAGACAUCAUUAAACACACAACCUACCAACCCAGUCUGGUCUUGUGGACUAGACAAUUCUUUCUAAGCUGAUUGCCAAUGUGAGUUUUUUUGAACAUGGUCAUGACUGUGAAAUAAUUUUCUUAUUUUAAUGCACAAAAUAUUUUUCAUCUGUUGGAUUUAUUUAUCAUUAUUUACAGAAUAUUACCACAGAUUAUCAGUAUCAUUGCCAUCAUUAUCAUUAGCAGAGUUGGCUUUAUCUUUAUCAUCAUCAUCAUCAGUCAUCAUCAUCAUCAUCAUCAUCAGUUAUCAUCAUCAUCAUCAUCAUCAUCAUCAUCAUCAGUUAUCAUUAGUCAUCCUCAAUCAUCAUCAUCAAAAUCUAACAGCAGCUGCAAAAAUCAUGGCCUUCUUCAUCAUACUUUCUUCACCAGUCCUUCAUUGUGCAGGAUGUUAUGUUUUUAUUCAAGUAUGAGUAUAGCAAUCUAAAGUUCUAGCAUGGGUCUUUUUAAAAUGCUAUAGGAAACUGAUAUGUUCCUGUAGUCAGUGACAUUAUUAUUAUUAUUAUUAUUAUUAUUAUUAUUAUUAUUAUUAUAUUAUUAUUACUGUCAUCAUCAUCAUUAUCAAUAUCAUUAUCAUGGUCAUACUUCUAUCAUCAUCAUAAUUUUCAUUUUCUUUCCAUUCUUGAAGUAAAAUUUGGAUGUGCACCAAUAUCGGUCUUAUAAUGUAUGGUGAGAUCAUGUAUGUUGGACAUAUGAUUCCAGUUUUUGUCAAGUGUAUUAACAAAGUUUGUGAUAUUGGAAAGAUUGUUGUUGUUACUGUUGCAUUUGAUUUGUAUUUUUUUACUCUUAUAUCAUCAAUAUCUCUUGUCCUGCACUAAAACAUGAUAUAUACAUAUUUUUUACUUUAAACUGUUAACAUUGUUAGUACUAAUAGUAUUUUAUUUAUUUGACAACUGCUGUUACUACAACCAGUCAUCAUCUUCAUCAUCAUCACCACCUCUACCACCACCUCCACCACCACUACCACCACCACAACCACCACCACCACCACCACCACCAUCACCAUCACCACCAUCACCACCAUCACCACCAUCAUCAUCAUCACCAUCAUCAGUAGUCGUCAUCAUCAAUGCAAUCAUCAUUCCUUGUAUAUCAUAUUUUUUAUCAUGUCAUGUCUCACAUGGUUUUAUUAAGUAAAAUGUACAUUUUUUCUGAAGGUGGAAGUGCUAAUUUUGUUUUUAAUUUGACAGUAAAGCUCAGAGACAUGAUGAAGAGGAUGACAACACCAAAAGAGAACAUAGAACAGUGCAUCAGAAAAGUCUCAUGUGUUGAGUUUAGCCUAGAUACUUAAAAAAUUUCAGGGGUUGCCAGACUUGAGGGAUGUCAAAAUUAUGAGCCUGAAGUAUUAGCCAACUGUUUCAUAGCACAACCACAAUAUGCUAAAGAAAAAAACAAAAACAAAAAAAGAUUGUAACAUGUGUAUUAAAAUUUGAAAUGGCAAAUGA